AUGAAGUUCUCUACCAUCGCCGGCUCCAUCCUGCUGUCCAGCGUUGCGUUGGCUGCUCCUCUUUCCGAGGAAAACCUCGCUCGCCGUGAAGCCAACCGCGUCGCUCGCCGUGCUCGUCCUAACCAGCAGACUCACACCAACCAGCGUAUUAACGCCAGCGAGGAGCUUUCAACCACCGACUCUGAGACAUUUGCUGAAGUCUACUCCAGCAACUGGGCUGGUGCUGUUUUGGUUGGCUCCGGAUACACCUCAGUCACCGGUUCUUUCGUUGUCCCUUCCGUUACUCUCCCAGCUGGCGGUGACCGCACCAAGCAAUACUGCGCUGCUGCUUGGGUUGGUAUUGACGGCGACACCUGUGGCACCGCUAUCUUGCAGACUGGUGUCAACAUCUGCAUCCAAUACGGGCAGAUCACCAACACUGCUUGGUACGAGUGGUUCCCUGCUUCCCAGUCGUACUGGCCGAGCGAUCUUUCCAUCAACACUGGUGAUACUAUUACCGCUACUGUUACCGCUGACGGCUUGACUGGUGGUACUGCCACUGUCACCAACGAGUCCACCGGCCAGUCUGUCUCCUCCACCUUCUCCGGCCAGACCGCCAGUCUCUGUCAGACCAACGCUGAGUGGAUCAUGGAAGAUCUCUCUAGUGGUGGCGGUCUUCUCAACUUCGCCGACUUUGGCAGCGAUUUUACUUUCACUGGAGCUACUGCCCUCUCUAACGGUGCCACCGUUGACACCACUGGCGCUACUAUCAUGGAUAUUUACCAGAACAAGGUGCUCACUUCUACGACCGCUUCUGGCAGCACUGUUGUCAUCUCUUACCUGUAA